GCGUUUGAAAAUUGCAAUUUGCUUUCGUGAAAAAUUUACAUCAAAGAGAUUGUUUUCUUUUAACCUUCUGCUAGUGAUCAGUUUCACGCGUAGUAAUAUAGAAGUCUGUAAAUAGUUCGCAGUGUGAUUUUUCCCGCAUUUCUUCAAAUAUGUUUAGGUUGACAUGUCUUCGUUAAUUACGGAAAUAUUCAUUGGCAGAGGCUUCUUAACAAACAGGUGAAGAUGCGGCUUCAAUGUGACAUGGAAAUCAGUAACCGGGCUUUACCAUCCCAUAAUUUGAAGAGCUCAGGACGUUGCAGCCGAGGCUAUUUAAGUAUUGGACAAAACCCAGGCAGUACAAAUAAACAGAGGACUGUUUAUAUCAUGCUUUGUACUGCUAAAGAUAAAACUGGGACCAAAUAUGUUGUGAAAGACAAUGUGGAGAAAGUGUUCUGUAAUUUCAUCAGUGAAGGUAAAACUACCAUUAGGUUUAAAGAGCCUCAAGUGGAUUUACAUAUUAGCAAGGCAGAUUCCAUUCAGUUGAAAAGUUUUCUCACAGUAUUAAAAGCCAGCUUAAAGGGAGAAUGCCCCCAACAAAAAUCAAACUUAUCUACUUUAUCUGCAAUUACACCAAAGCAGAUUGAAAACAGCAAGAAGAAACUGACCAUUUUGAAACGACAAGAUUACCCCAUCUUGAAGGGUUUUCCAUUUUCCCUUGUCAGCUUGAAAAUAAUUGGUUGCCACAUCAAGAAAUUAGACUCCAGGAUACCUUCAUUGAAAUACCUGCAACAUCUGGACUUAGCCGAUAAUGUCUUGCAGGAGCUCCCCGAGGCUUUCAGUCGCAUUCUUCUUACUGACUUGAUCCUGAAGGGAAAUCAGUUUUCCAACUUCCCCCAAAUUCUACUCGAACCACCCCUGUGUGAUAACUUAACUGUCUUAGAUCUCAGCAGUAACCAGCUUCAAAGACUUCCCUCUCAUAUUGACAAUCUGAGGAAAUUACAAAUUCUCAAAGUGUCCCGCAAUCAACUGAAACAACUCCCCAUCAAUAUUGGUAACCUCUCUUCUCUGAAGAACUUAGACAUCUCUAACAACCAGUUGCCAUUAUUGCCUGCCAAUUUCAUCAAAUUAUGUCUUCAUGAACUUGACUUGUCACACAAUAGUUUUUCUACAACUCCGCAUCGUAUUCUUCGACAGUGUUUAGAACUUCCUUCAUUGCAGUCCAUUUGUGUCAAAUUCAUAAUAAAUAACAAGAUCCCUUACUGUGAAACUAUGUACAGAGAUUUACAUGAACUGAUACGAUCACAUAAACGCUGCUGGUGUGGCAAAGUUGUCGUGGCAAAAUUCAUUCACUGUAUUUAUCAUGCCAGCAUCUCUUUUAUGGUAGCAUCGUUGCUCUCAACAUCAGAGAAAACUUUUCCUCUUGAAGCAUAUUUUUGUUCACAGAAGUGUUUUGACCGUUUUACACAAAAGCAAUUUCAAAGUCCUCUGGUCACGUAAGUGUUUCAUUGAUAACAGUGGAUGUGUUUCAUUCAUUCAUUGUGAAAUUCUUACACAAGUAUCAGUAGCUAAUAUGUAUUUAUUCUGACCUAACCUUGUAUAUUAAUACUCUACAAUGUUUUAGUCAGUAUUAAGGUUUAUUAUUAUUUAACAUAAUUUAAGAUAAUUUUGACAGUGUCUUGUGCAAGACCAAUAUUAGUGAGCUCAAGUGAGAAGCAAGUAUUUGUUUUGGAGGAUAUUGAAUUGUUUCUUAGCUUGUGAAUGGUUAUAAAAAAAAAUGGAUUUAUCUUCAAAUUGAAUGAUAGUGUUUAAAAAAAUUGAAUUUAAACUAAAUAAAAUGCAGGAUACAAAGUGAUGAAAGUGAACUGUUAUUUUAUGUUUACUGCUCUCGCCUGUCAAGACUAGAUUUUUUUGAAAAUCUCCAGAUGUGUUGUAACACUAAGUCUACAGCUUGAGUCAGAUGAUUUUAUUAAAUUAUCUACCAUUGUGUAAGAUUACUAUCAUAUGUACACACUCAUUAUUAAAUAAAUGCAUCCAACUUA